GUAAAAAAUGGGGUGUUAAUAUCUCAGAGUAAAGUUAUUUUAAUCCAGAAAGAGUAUUUUCAACAUUUUGGGGAGUAAAGUUGCUCUAUCAGUGGAGUUAAAAGUGAGUGUAAAAAUCUGCAGAAACGCAGUGACAAUUUCAACUCUACAGCAGUGAUGAAUACCCGCCAUUCUGCUGUGCUUGUUAUUCGUUUGGCACGCAUUUCGGUGGAGGAAGAUUGAGAAGGAGCAACUCUAUUGCUAGGGGCAAAAUGCUGUUGCGUGUUCAAUUCGGGGAAGAGCAGAAAUACGUGAAGGUGUCUGAGCUGACAUUCGAUGCUUUCUUGAAAGAAGUGUGUCUAAAAUUCAACAUACCAGAAAGCAGGCAGCCAGACAUUAAGGUGUAUGACCAGUCAGACACAGAAGUUGACACAGAGGUUUUUGAAGAAAUAGUGAAGGAGUCACCUGGAACUCUGAGAAUCAUGCUGGGCAAUGGAGGACUUGGUGCCUCUCAAUCAUCAUCAUGCUCGGGUACAUCUGAUGACACCGUCAUCCUGAAUUUCACAAUGUGUGACCCUGUUGAAGAAGAAGCCGCUGCCGAAGGAAGCCAGCCUAAAAGGCCAUGCCACAUAAACUAUGAGGCAAAAGCGUUGAUUGAAAAAAUCUUAACAUCAAAGCCUGGUGGUGAACACAUUAUGCAUGAGUAUGGAAAAACCAAAUCCCUGACCGAUGCCACCAGGAGACAGAUGAUAAACAUACUUGCUGCUGAUAUGACAGAAACACAUGGGACAUCCCCCCCCAAAAGUGUCAGAGUGAGGUAUGCACAGGGGAUAGUAGCUUUGUUUCCCUAUCUAGAAGACCCAUACUCACAACAUGGAUAUGAACAUUACUACGAUCCAGAGAGUGGUUCAGGAUACCUUGCAUGGAGAUUGAAGACAAUACAAAGAAAAACAGCAGAGGAAAGGGGUGCCUCAGUCAGCAAAUCUCCUAAAGUUGGUGGGCCAGGUCGUGUUCGUCAGCCCUUCACCUUUGACAGAGAGCAAUCUGAUGAGGAUGUGGAAGCAGCUAUUGGCUUUUUGAGACACUCUGCUGAUGAAAAGACUGUCCGUGAGAAGAUGAAAAUGACCUUCAUAUAUCGGCAAGCAAUGGUCAACGAUGAAGCCAAAUCAUCAGAUGUCUUCUCGGUCUUCCCACAAUUUCUGGACACACCAGGACUGAUAGAACAAGAUUUCAGAUUUCUGUUUGGUGAGGCCACGGCCAACAAAUUCUUGGAGAAGUGGCCAACCACUUUUAAAGCAAAAGUAAUAAAGGAAAGCCAUGGACUUGUACCCACCACAGAACUCUUGGAUUUGAUGUGCAAUGCUAAGUCAGCUGCUGAAGUUGAGAAUGGCUGGGACAGUGACAUGUCGGCCAUCUUGCUGCUGAUACAUCUGCUGCCACCAUCUGCACAAGGUAGAAAGAGGCCGGGAAAGCUUAGAUCAGCUCAUCAGAUUUCAAAAGGGAUUGUCGAGUCUUUGAAGCUACAUUGA